GCAAUUUGAUUGGUUGUUGAAAAGGCGUCCUUGGAAUCAGCGCAACGGGACAAAGGUCUCGAUUGUUUUCAUUAUUUGUCACUUUUCUUUAACAGUUUACAUAAUUUUGCUUAAUAAACUCGCAGAAAAAUAAGGACAUACGAUGCCUCGUCGAGCUUUGCGUUGUGUGGUUGAUUUAGAAUUAGACAGGGUAUCAGCUCCAGGUGUAUGGCUGCCCAGCAGAGAGGAUGUGUAUGUCAGUAUAAGCGUGUUUGGACAGUACAGAAAUACUCGAAAUUUAACAUCCAUAUUUCCAUUGAUUUUACAUGAGCCAUUCAGAUUUGAAAAGACAUACUAUACAGCAGUGGACCCACAAGAUGUAGCAGAAUUUCUUGAAGAUGAAUUGGUGGUUAUUGAGUUGCUACAGUACUCCGACUACUCAGAUGGUGCUAUUAGACUUGCCUCCUACUCUACAAGUGCCAGAGACUUCCUGUUCCCAUACCCCUCUCUCUGUCCAUCAUACACAUCUGCCUGUAGGGAAAUACUCCUCUCCAGAACUAUAGCAUGGCCUGGUAUCUCACCAAAACUUGAAUUCACUACAAAGACAGUAAUUAAGGAGUCACAAUCUCCUGAACUUGAUGCACUGGAAGAUGCUCUUGAAGAAGAAAAGCUCGCAAGACGUGCACGCUCCAGAUCUAGGUCAAGGUCAAGGGCCAGGGGUCGUUCAAUGUCAAGGUCAAGAUCUAGAACAAGGACUUGCAGCCCAGACAGUUUGUGCAUCACAAUAUCUAGAUCUAGGUCAUACUCAUCCGAUUCCGACUCGGCUUUGGAGAGUUACGACUCCGAUCCAUCUUACAUGAGGCCAACGAUAUCAUCUAUUUUUCGUUCCAGGUCCAAGUCUGGGGUACGUAAGUCUUACGCUGAUGAAAGUUUAUCCGACACAGAAGCGGGAAAUAAGGCACCAUUUGUUGUGCGUCAUUUAGAGGACAGUUUGAUUGGAAGAAAGCCGGGUGCUCCUGCACUAAAAGGACAGAAAAAGAAGAAAAAGAGGUCUUCCUCUCGACCAUCAAGUGCUCUUAGUGGAUAUGAAAGCUAUGAUGAUAUUCCAAGAUACACACCUCGGUCAUACAUUAGAGAGGCGAUGAGAGAUGUUGGUGUGUACUCUGACGAUGAAGAUGCUGAAGUGGCUGAACUGACCUCAAAACCAGGCUACAUUAUGCCACCACGUCCCCGCUCAGCAAGCCCGUAUCUCUACCGACCUAGUUACAGCACCAGGUUUAGUCGGCCAUUGUCACCGGUACUGUCGGCAGCUGACAGACUAGAGAUAGAACUGGCAGUGGAACGUGCAAGAGCCAGGGCCAGGGCUCGUGCCUUAGUGCUAACCAGAAGCAGGAGCCCCUCACCAAUUAGAUCAUAUACUCCAAUUCUCCGUGGUUCUAUAGAGGAUUUAGCCCUAGACACAAGUAUUGCGAAGAAUAGGAGCUGGGUACAUUUAGACGCGGGCCAGUAUUGGACUCAAAGAGCAGCAGAAUUAACUGGAACCUCUCAUAAACAAGUUUUUAAAGAUAAUAUGAAUAAAAUGUAUAAUGGACUUUUGAGAAAUGCUGUUAAUCAUCAAAGAAAAUUAAAUAAAAUAUGAUUUUUUUUUUUUGUAAAAAAAAAUUAGUAAUAAAUUAUGUAAAUUGUUAGAGAAAUUUGACUUGUAUUUAGUGUUGAAGAGAUAUGUACUGUAUUCCACAGUUUGCUAGAGAUGGUAUUUAUAUUGUAUGUUCUAUUUAGAGAAGUCUUGUUAGUGAUAGAUAUUCUAUUUUUAAAAUGGUUUUUAAUCUUCAUUUUUCUGUUGAAAACUCCUCGGUUUACAACUACUGCAUGGAGAACUUUUUACUUACCUAAUCAUGGUAUUCUUGUUUUUUCUCCAAGGACACAAAACAUUUAGAUAAUAUUUUAUUUUUUAUAAAUUUUGGCAUAUACAUUAAUACAUAAAAUAUUUACUACAUCUUUCAGUCUGUAAAACAGCAGCAGCAGCAUCUUGUAUUUUUAGCAUAUACAUGUUUAUCUGGGCCAUAAAUGUCAGAACAUUAUCUAAUUUUACUGAUUAGUAUUUGUAUACAAGAGAGAUUUAUUUGUACCAUAAAACAUGAGAUUGCAGCCUCCUAAGUACUAGUAGGGCUUUUGACAGGUGUUGGGGUGAGACAGGGAAUUCCAAAAAAGAUUCUCUGGUCAGGCAAAUUUACUUUGGUUGGGCAAGUUUGACAUUUCAUGUAUACUGGUAUUAAAAGUCAGAAUGCUUUGUAACAUCUCUUAAAUUACAAUGACAUAGUCAGUUUCAGUGGAUGUCUUGUAUAUGACAUUCAUACUAAUAAUGUUAAUUGUCUGUGAUAUUUUACAUAUAUAAUUCUGUUACAUUCCUACAGUUAUAUGUGUAAACAAAUUCUGAAUGAUAAUUUUGUUCCUUACAGCUGAUACAAAUUUUUUUAUUUGUUUCUCUUGAUUUUAUUAUUGUAUUUAUUUUUAUUCUAUUAUGAAAUAUGCACUAUAUAUAGAUAUUUUAUAUGGUAGAUUUAUAGGUUGUUUACAGCACUUUAUUUUUCCCAAAAAUUCUGAUGGUUACUACAAUUUCAAACAAUGGGAUGGAAUUACUGGUACUGGAAAAAGUGAUUUUCUUUUUUUCUCAACUCCCUGACAAAGUAUAUUUCUUUACAUAUAUUUUGCAUAAGUUUGCAGUGGUAAAACUAUAUAUACAAAAGUGUGAACAGUUUGCCAGCUAUUUGUUUUUGGGUGUUGCAGCUGGUCCUGAAGUAAAAUGUUUGAUAAAUGAGGGCUGUCACUGCUUGAGAUCUGAUUCAGGAUUUCAGGGUUGUAAAUGUUUGGGUAUUCUAAGGUGUUGCAGCAGUGCAACUUUACAGCAUUUAUGUCUGUAUCAAUAGUUUUUAUUUAUUUAGUAUAGUGAAUUCAGUGAUGGUUUCCAUUUAAACUUUACUCUUUAAGGGCUAGCUUUCUUGCUUUGUUACAUUUGAAGAAAUUCAUUGUUUGCACAUUCCUUUGACAUAUCUGUUACUGUGAAUUGUGGACUUUCAUGUGUUGUAUUUUGUCCAAAUAACUGAAUUAAUGACCUGACAAAAAAUGUAGCAGUUUAAUAAUGUUGAAAAUCAUUUUAUAUCAGCUUUGUACUGUGUAUUAAGGAAACAGAUAAGUUCAAAAUAUUUGAAAGGGUAUAAUGUAUUAAAUUUUGUGUAACUGGAACCGGCAUUAAUACAACUUUUCACAGUAACAGAAAUGUUAUGAAUUGAAUGAGGGAUUUUUUGUUAUUGUUUACUUGUUACACCAGUUCCUGUAUAUAUCAGUUAUGUGUGUUUUCAGGGAAGAAAAUGGUAGCAAAACAUUAGGAAAAUGCACAUGAUUUCAGGUUAUCUUGCACACAGUCUCUUGUUGUAUUUUCAGACUACAUAUUUUUAAGUUCUUGUAUAAAAAGAAAUACAUGGUUGUUCAGGUUUAACAUAAAAAACAUUCCUGCAAUCACUUCACUCCAAAUUCCUAUUUAUUUCAUUCCUAUUCUUUUACAAACAUUUUAGACAGUUUUAUUUUACAUGUUUUGCCAAUGUAGUUGUUGAUAAAGUUAAAUGCAUAUGUAUACGCCAAUAAAACUAUAUACCUUAA